CUGACAAUGGCGGGCGAGAGAGAGAUUCAACCCAGCACCGCCACCGAUCACCACCGCCGACAACCACAACUACAACAAAAGCAAGAAGAAAAACGACACCGUUCAAUCUUCGACCUACCAUCUGACUUCUUCGAUUCAUGUCGUCUUCUUCACUCCCCAUCUUCCAUUUCUAUAAUCGAACCCUUCGAUAACCUUCCUGUCAAAACCCUAGUUGAAGAUGAAGACGAACAAUCGAGCAGUAUUACAAAGAAUAAUAAUGUUAAUUCUAUGCAGAGAUGGUCUUGUAAUACGUGUAAGGCCGAGUUUGAUUCUCUACAGGACCAACGCUCUCACUUCAAAUCCGACAUUCACCGAUUCAAUAUAAAGCUGACUAUUGCUGGAAAAGAUACGGUGAAGGAGGAAGAUUUUGAUGAGUUGACUUCUGAUUCUUUAUGCAAAGACUACGACAUAUCAAGCAUAUCAGGAUCAGAAGAAGAUGAUGAUGAUAAGGAAUCCAGUCUCCGCAAUGAUUUACAUAGAGUAUUGGGAGAAAGAGUUAGAAAUAAAAUAUUUGUACAUUUGCGGACAGGGGAGAGACUUUCAGUUUGGAAAUGUUUAGUUCUCGAUGAGUCGGAAUAUAUUUCACUUGAGAAUGAUAGAUCUGUGGCUGUGGAUGAUGGUGGUUACAAGCCUAGUUUGACAGAGAGGGAGGUAACUGAAAAAUUGAAAUAUUUGAUCCAUGAACCUAGAGAUAAUACUCGUUUGCGGAUUGUGUUGCUUGCAAGGGGUGGGCAUUUUGCUGGCUGUGUCUUUGAUGGGAACUCUGUUGUGGCUCAUAAAACAUUCCACAGAUAUGUUGUACGGGCCAAGGCUGGUAAAAAACAGUCAUCAAAAGAUGGUAGCGGCAAGAUUGCACAUUCCGCCGGAGCUGCACUGCGUCGGUAUAAUGAGCUUGCUCUAAAAAAGGACAUACAAGAAUUACUUGCGGCAUGGAAGCUUUAUUUUGAUGCUUCCUCUUGCAUUUUCAUUUAUGCGCCUUCAAACAAUCGUCAACUGUUUUUUGAUGGAGAAAGACCAUAUGUCAGCUGUCAGCAUCAUGCUGUUCGACAUGUUCCUUUGACCGUCAGAAGGCCUACCUUUAAGGAAGCCCGGCGAAUAUAUAAUCUAUUGACACAAGUAUCUUAUGAAAUAGAUGAGGAAACCACACCUAAUAUAGAAGGGGAGUCAGUACUAAGUGCAAGUACUGUGAACAAUGGCUGCCCAGGAAGGCCUACCUUUAAGGAAGCCCGGCGAAUAUAUAAUCUAUUGACACAAGUAUCUUAUGAAAUAGAUGAGGAAACCACACCUAAUAUAGAAGGGGAGUCACUACUAAGUGCAAGCACUGUGAACAAUGGCUGCCCAGGGUCCAGCAAAGAGGACUUGAUGGAUAAUUUGGAAAGUAGGAAAACUGUCGAAGCAUGCUCAGGUGUCAAAAAAUCUGACAUAUCAAGUGAGAGUGAGAGUGAACUUAAUGGUAUUUCGACACCUUUACAUGAAGCAGCAAAGUCUGGCAAUGCUCAAAAAGUAUUGGAACUCCUAGAACAGGGUCUGGAUCCGUGCAUCAAAGAGGAAAGGGGGCGGACUCCUUAUGUGCUUGCAACGGAUAAGGAAGUGAGGAAUACAUUUAGAAGGUUCAUGGCUUCAAACAUGGAUAAGUGGGAUUGGCAUGCUGCAAAAGUGCCUAGUGCGUUGACAACAGAGAUGGAGGAAUCUCAAGCUGCUAAGCAGGCGGAGAAAGAUGCCAAGAAGAAGGCAAGAUCGAAAGAGUUGAAGAAGUUACGUAAAGCAAGAGAAAAGAAGGCUCAGGCACAGGCUACUCAAUCCCAGAAUGAUUCAUCCACUUCAACUCUAGCUCUUAAAGGAAAAUCUCAAUCUAGUGGUGCAACACAGAUGUCGAAAGAGGAGGAAUUGAAACACGCACAAGCGGUAGAGAGGGAAAAGAGAGCUGCUGCUGCUGAGAGGAGAAUGGCAGCAGCUGCUGUCCUUAAUUGUCAAGGCCUUGGAACAACUGCUGCUCCAAGCAGUUCACAGAUAAAAGGCACGGUAACAACUGACAUUAAGUGUUCCUCUUGCAAUGUGUCAUUACUCGGUAAAGUUCCCUUUCAUAGGUACAACUAUAAAUACUGCAGCACUUCAUGCAUGCAUGGUCAUAGAGAGAGUCUUGAGGAUGGAUAACAAACAAACUUUCAAUUUUCCGUUUGUUUUUGAACUUUAUUAAUAGUUACUGUUGCAAAGUGACCUUUGUACCUAUUUAUUUCUAUUACAUUGUUCCUAUUUUUUGAAUUUUUGGGUAAAAAAUUUUCUUCACAAGAUGAAUAUAUAGCUGGACACUAUGUUGAACGUAUCAG